GAGGGGGAAGUAGUCUGCCCUCUCAGUGGAUUUCACUACCACUUAUUUGCAGGCUCUAAAGUACAGGAGACAAUCAUCUAGAGAGAAGACACAACAAAAAACUGUACCAUGCCUCACUACAAACUGAUUUAUUUUAACAUGAGAGGAAGAGCAGAAAUUAUUCGCUACCUUUUGGCCUACUUAGGCAUACAGUAUGAGGACCAUCGAAUAAAUCAAGUGGACUGGCCUGCAGUCAAACCAAGUAAGACAUUGACCCCUCUUGACCAUGAUUUCCAGUUUACAACUGAGAACCAGGGUGGCUUCUUCCUCUAUCUCAAAAGCUAUUCCAUUUGGCAAAAUUCCAAUUUUAGAAGUCGAUGGAGUUUCCCUUCACCAGAGUCUUGCCAUAGGAAGGUUUUUGGCUAGAGAAGCAGGUCUGGCGGGGAAGACAGAGUUGGAACAAUGUCAAGUUGAUGCCAUCAUAGAUACGCUGGAUGACUUCAUGUCAAGGUUCCCUUGGGCAGAGAAAAACAAAGAUACCAAAGAUCAGGUGUUUAAUGAGUUGCUCAAAAAUGAUGCUCCUGGUUUGAUCCAAGAUUUGGAACUUUAUUUAGGGACGAAAGACUGGUUUGUUGGCAAUUCUGUAACCUGGGCUGAUUUCUACUGGGACAUUUGCAGUACCACACUUUUGGUCCUUAAACAAGAUUUGUUGGACAAGCAUCCUAAACUGGUAGCCUUACGAGAAAAAGUUCAAAACAUUCCUGUGAUUGCUAAUUGGAUAAAACAGAGGCCAGAAACCAGACUGUAG